AUGGCCCUUCUGGAAGACCAAUAUCAAUAUGAAGCGCUUGUGAAUUCACGCAAGGAGACCCGAGUGCUAUGCUUCGAUUAUCGACCGAACGACUUACCCGAAGUCCUACAAUGCUCGACACAGGUGAUUGCUUUGAGCAAUGCUUCUACGCCAUCCUUCUCUGCAAUCUCGUAUACUUGGGGUGUUCACCGUACCCCCGAAACCUUUAGCCUUGGCGGCCAUCGUGCUUUUGCUCCAGCAAGUGCGCUCAACGCUGUUCGUAGCGUCCUACAGCAUCUCUUUUCAAACCCUAGCCUCUUCAAUCCAGAAGCUACCAGCGGCGCCUGCUCAGAAGUGCGUAUCUGGAUUGAUGCUAUUAGCAUCAACCAGCAAGAUACGAUCGAGCGUGGCGAGCAAGUGUCUCUAAUGCGUGAGAUCUACAGCCGGGCGACGCAGGUUCUUGUCUGGCUCGGUGAGGACGAGAACAAAGUGGCGACUCGAGCAAUUGAGGCCGUGCAGCAGAUCAAGCGGCAUUGUAGACAAGCAACAGCUGAUCUUGUCGAGCUCGACAGCCAUCUGUUCAGGAAGUCCGAAGUGGGAUACACAAGUCUACGAUCAGGGCAAGGUUUGCCUGCUUGUGAUUGGCACGCCGUACGGCAAUCAUUCUCGAUUCGCUGGUUCCAGCGUUUAUGGGUCGUGCAAGAAGUGAUCCUAGAAGCUACGACCUUGUUGUCACUUUUGCGGGCAACCCUCUCUCACAUGACAUCAAGGCGACGAGACGAUGUCGAAAGUACGUUUGCGAGUUGCAUCAUGAUGGGUCGCGAUUCAGGAGGGGCGGCACUUGACAGUAACAUCAAGUUCGUGUCCGACAUCUCAGCCGCUCUCCACCAAUAUAAUGGUGCUUCCUCUGACCCGUCUUUCCCACUGCACGCCGAUGUGAGCGACGUGGUCGACGCCGCAUGCCGGUACAGCCGUAACCGAAGCCUCUUCACAACUAUCGACGGUAUUCUUGGCCUGGGUCCGUUGACCAUGCGGGGGGGCGACAAGGUGUGCAUACUACUUGGAAGUCGCGCACUUGCCAUCUUGCGAGUAAAACAAUCAGUUUGGACUUUUGUUGGUACAGCGUAUCUAUUUGGCGUGACGGAGGGACAAUAUAUACAGCAUUUGAUGAACCAAGGUCAUUUGGAGAAGCGCUUGCAGACCUUCAAGGUUGUCUAG